UUACUGGUGUUCAUAACGUCGGCGCCCAAUAUCACCAGCGCCUCCGACCUGACGAUAGAGAGUGCACUUCCGGUGAAUACCAAUGCAGACCUGUAUAUAAAGAUCACAUCCGAGGGAAAGAAAUAUUUGUUUCAACUCUCAUAUCAAACGCAAACCAAUACUUUUAUCGUUGAGAUUAAUAAAGCCAUUGAACAUAAUUUCGCGGAUAUGCUAUCAUUCAGUGAUAAUAAAAAUAACGGCAAAAGUAAUGAGAAGUUACUGAAGAAGACUUCGAAUCCGUUUUCGGACACAAAUACCAAUAGUUUAUUCGAUGUCAACGAUCAGCACUUCACCGAAAACAACAUGAAGUCUGUGCUCAACAAGACGACCAAUAACGUAGGGAACAGUAGUUUCUAUACGGAACCGGAAUCCCCCGAUGAGUUCAGUACCCUUCCCCGCCACUCGAUUGCCUCGGGAGCCACACCACUGGCCGCUCGCGAGAGUGUCAUCAGGGCUCAGAUGACGAUGAGAGAGGAGGACUUCACGUACUCGCAGACGUUUAGGGUGUUUAUCGGCACCUGGAAUGUGAACGGCCAGAGCGUGACCGAGAAGACACCUCUGGAGCACUAUUGGCUCUCUUGUGAUCCCAAUCCGCCCGAUAUCUAUGCGAUCGGUUUCCAAGAACUGGACCUCUCGAAGGAGACGUUUCUGUUCAAUGAGACGCCGAAAGAGGAGAUGUGGUUCAGCGCGUGUCGGAAAGCGUUGCACCCGAAGGCUACUUACGAUGUCGUCAAACUGGUCCGACUCAUCGGAAUGAUGUUAGUUGUGUUCAUUAGGCGAGACUUAAAACAAUUCAUUAGCAAUAUAUCGGCCGAAAUGGUGGGCACCGGACUUAUGGGCCGAAUGGUACGCAUACAAAGGGUUGAAGGAAACAAAGGCGGAGUCGCCGUUAGGUUUGAUUUCCACAACUCGUCGGUAUGUUUCGUGAACAGCCAUUUGGCGGCUCACGUCGAGGAGUAUGAGCGCCGCAAUCUUUUAUGCGGAGUCGCCGUUAGGUUUGAUUUCCACAACUCGUCGGUAUGUUUCGUGAACAGCCAUUUGGCGGCUCACGUCGAGGAGUAUGAGCGCCGCAAUCAGGACUUCAAUGAGAUCUGUUCCCGACUAGUGUUCAAUCAAUUCAAACCUCCCAAAUGUAUCAAUGAUCACGAUCACGUCUAUUGGUUCGGAGAUCUAAACUAUCGACUGAUGGACUUGAGUACAGCAGAGGUGAAGAAUAUGCUGGACGUGAAGGCCUAUCAGCCGCUGUUAGAGAAGGAUCAGCUGACGGACCAAAUGAAGCAGAAGAACGUGUUUGUGGGCUAUACUGAGGGCCAUAUCGCGCAUUUGCCGACCUAUAAGUACGAUCCGGGGACAGACAACUGGGACUCCAGUGAGAAGAGUCGACCGCCCGCGUGGUGCGACCGCGUGCUGUGGCGCACAAAACAGCCCACACAACAACUCACGUACAGAAGUCACCCACAGCUCAAACUCAGUGAUCAUAAACCGGUGAGCGCUCUGUUCGAGGCGUCCAUUAAAGUGAUCGACGAUAAGAAGUACAGAAAGAUCUACGAAGAGGUGAUGAAAAAGUUGGAUAAACUGGAGAACGAGUUCUUACCGCAAGUGGCCGUCGAUAAGAUGGAAGUGGUGUUCAAAUCGGUGUCGUUUAAGGAGAAGCGCGUGCAUAAGCUGACGAUUGCCAACACGGGUCAGGUGCCACUCAGGUUCGAGUUCAUCAAAAAGCCCAACGAAGUGUCUUAUUGUAAGAAAUGGCUGCAAAUAAAGCCCUACACGGAGGGCAUAAUGCCCGGAUCAUCCAUAGACAUCGACAUCGAAGUGAACGUCGAUAAGACUACAGCGCCUCGACUUAAUAGCGGUUUAGAAGAGUUAACGGAUAUAAUUGUAUUGCAUUUAGACGGCGGCAAAGACCUGUUCAUCACAGUGUCCGGUGCUUACGAGCGCAGUUGCUUCGGGUGCUCUAUAGAGACGUUGGUGCGCCUCAAGAGUCCACUCAAUCAAGUGGCCAAAGACGUGAUUGAAAAGUUAGAGCGCCGACAGUAUGAGAAGAUGGAGCCCGUGUGGGACAUACCCAAAGAGUUGUGGGUUCUGGUGGAUCAGCUGUACAAAUACGGAAUGUUAACCAACGAGCUGUUCCAACAGACGGGUCUUCACACAGAGUUUGUGGUCGUAAGGAAUUGUCUGGACUCGGGAUAUGGCGAGAAGUUUAACGUCAGCGUACACUCAUUGGCCGAGUCGUUGAUUUUGUUUCUGGACGCCCUGUCAGAGCCGGUCAUACCAUACGCUUUCUACGACCGGUCGCUCGAGAGUAGUAAUAAUUUCUUGAACUCCAAACAAGUUAUCAACGAAAUACCAGAAUAUCAUCGAAAUGUGUUUUACUAUUUGAUUGCCUUUUUGAGGGAACUCUUAAGGCAUUCAAAUACUAAUAAACUCGACGCUAAACUAUUGGGUAAGAAAUGGAUUAAUUUGAAUGCAAUUAAUGCGUCGAUUUUUGGCUCAAUUUUGUUGAGGUCUCCGGAGAACUCAGCGUUUAAUGAAAGGAACCGAAGUCAGCAAAGCAUUCAUAAGAGCACCGAUAGUAUGAAUUCUUCAUUCAAAUCACACCUUCAGCCACACCUGCAGGCAAUCGACCGCAAAAAGGAUGCCUUCAUAUUCCACUUCUUAGUCAAUGAUUUCGAUAUAUAAUUGUUUUUGAAAGUAAAUAUUGUUUUUAGUCUUUUUUUGUUUCAUUUGAUUACGCGAAA